CGGGGACGCCACCGCCGAUGUCGGAUGCGGAUCGGGAAGUUGAGGAGGGGAGGGGGAGGCCGGGGGCUAUGGAUGAUGAGAAGGGUGGGUGGGAGGUGUUGAGGGAGGUUCAGCAACGUGGAGAGUUGAUUGGGCAACAUGGCAUCUCGUCGCAGGAAUCGGGACAUGGGCAUGGGCAUCAUUCGAGUGGGAGUUGGGGACCACCGCCUCCGCCGCCGCCGCCGCAGAUGGGAGGUGGUGGUGAGUAUAUGGAUGAUGGGUAUGGUCACCAGCAGAGACGCCAUCCUGGCCAUGACCAGAUGGGUGGACCCCGUGGUGGUCAGUGGAAUGGCCAGCAGCAGCAUCAUCAGGGACAGUACCACGGCAACGACCGGAGGUACUCGGUCAUGUAGAGAUCUGAUCUCAACGAUACCC